AUGGCCGGCGAUGCGAGCCUACCGCCCAGUGAUUUCGCCGACACUACUGCUUUAGAAAUUUUUGAUACUACACGCGCUGCCCGUUCUGCUUCAUUCAAACGCAAGGUUACUAGGGUUUGUUUGAUUGGUAAAGCGAAUGAAGAUCUAGCAAUCAUAGCGUUGUUAAAAGAUCAUUUUCGCGUCACAGUGCUCGAAAGUGAAGAUGGAUCUGAAUUCAAGGAUGAGACAGAUAUACUGUUCGUUUGUCCGGAUUUUGAUAAUUACUCGUACUUAAAUUCUUUAAAGAAAUCAAUUGUUGGGCCUCCGCUUAUUCGACAUAGAGCUUCUCAACAUAAGGUGCCUCCGCUGACUAUGCCUCGACCUAAUAGGGCUCUGUAUAAUGAGAGUAUGGGAAACGUAUGCGUAGUUUUUUCUGGAAUAUCUAACGCGAAAUGCCGGUACGCAGUCGAUCUUAUUCACCACAUGGGCGGAAGUGCAAGGAAAGGAUUCCCAUCUUCAGCAACGCAUCUUAUUACUGAAGUUGCAACAGGCGAAAGCUAUAGAAUGGCAGUUUCAACCGGUACAAAGGCAGUACAUUCUGAUUGGGUUUCGGCUGCUUGGGCUGUUCGAAAUGAUAUAUCAGUAUCCGUUACUUCUCAUGAAUUUAUAUCGCCGUUCUUGGUAGAGCCAUUCUGUGGUCUUUCAAUAUGGUUUACUGGCUUUCCCACAGAUGAAGAAGAUGAUAUGCGAGCGAAAGUUACUGAUCAUAAAGGCUGCAAUGCGAGAUCCCUGGAAGAGGCUUCUCAUGUUGUUUUGGCAAACACCGUGGAGGAACUCUUAGAAGAUAAUGAAAAGAAAACUCAGCACUUUGUUACAGCCGAAUUGCGCACUCGUGUUUACCGUGGUCUGGAAGCAUAUGUAUAUUUGUUGAAGUGGAGUUAUACGAUGUGGUUCUGGAUUUCGAUUCAGUUAAACUGUUGCGCUAACGAAGACCUGUACCAGUGGAAAGGAAUACGACGUUCCAAUAAGAAACGCAUCCCAAUGUCUCCCAGUGGAGCGAAGGACCAAGUUGUGGCAUCUAGGAGGUCACUAUCAAAGUCGUCUAUGGAAAUCCUUGAAAGUAGCAAUUCAUCGGCUCUUCCAGGUAAAAUUCUUUCUCUUUUCCCCCGUAACAUCACUUUCAAGUACAAACUUUUAGAUUAUUCCGAACAUCAUUUUUCGUCAAACGAUAAGCUCGCUACUUCACCUAAAAAAAUUGAUAAACGACAUGCCAUAAGUAAGGAAAUGCUUGAAACGGAGGAGAACUAUUUGAAAGCAUUAAAAAUAAUCGUCCAGUUGUUCAAAGGACCACUCGAGGAACACACUUCGCAACCUGAAUCGGGGUUGUUGUCGAAGGCUGAAAUAACGCAAAUUUUUUCGAGAGUUCCUCCACUAAUAGAAGUACAUGAGAAAAUAUGUAGUGAAUUACGAGCAUGUGUAAUGCACUGGUCGGCAGAUCGUUUAAUUGGGAAGAUUUGGCUUGAUAGUGCAAAACAGUUGGAUCCAGUAUAUAAAGGGUUUAUCAACAGUUAUGACACGGCGUGUCAAACUUUGGAUCAUUGCGACAGAACAAAGCCAAAGUUUCAUGCUUUUCUGAAGGCUGCCGAAAGUCGUGGCGAAUGCCAGAGGAAUCAUUUACAUGAUUUGCUUGUUAGACCAGUGCAGAGAAUUCCUUCUGUACUUCUACUUUUGAAAGCUAUAUUAAAAAAAACGGAGCGGGGAAAUCCUGAUGCACCUUAUUUGAAAGAGGCGAUGAAAGCACUUGAAAGAGUUUUGGCAAACGCAAAUGAAUCUAGAAGGCAGACUGAAAACUACACAGAAAUUUUCCGUAUUUCUAACGAAAUUAAUGACUGCCCGGCUGAAAUGUUGUCGAGUGCUCGGACUUUGAUGAGUGAGUUUCAUGUUCUCUCAUUAGGCGGUGAGGAAGAAUGGGCCAAAACACGCGGGAAACUUAUGACGAUUUUCCUCUUUAAUGACCUUAUUGAAAUCGUUAAAGUGCGAAGUGGAGCAACGAUUGGAGAUGAAAAUUCAGUUCAUUCACUGUCUAACUCCACCAUGAAUAGGCAAUUUUCUUUUGCAAAUUUGAGACGAGAUAGGAAGAAGUAUAAGCAUUACCAGCAGCAUAUGCUCACAAGUAUCAAAUGGAUUGAUUCUAUCGUGGUCAAAGAUAUCUCUGGUGUUUUUGUAAUGUCUUUCCGGAUGUACGGUACUGAUUCAUAUUGGGUUGCUCAGUGUCAAGAGAAUCAACCUGGUGAAACACGCGCAUUUUUAAACAUAUUUUAUUUAUGUGGCAGACUAGUAGCUGUUAACGAUUUGGACAUGAAUGAUGAUCCCUUCUGUGACAAAGGUUAUGAGUUUUCGAGGAAUGGAACUGAGUCAAAAGAGUAUAAGCGAAACGUUCUAAAAUCACUGCAUUAUGCAGUACGGAAUACGGGACCUACACGAGUCUUUGUCCGUCCUCAAACCCAAUUCUUGCCUGGCCUCCGUCGAGCGGCAUCACAAGUUCAAAUAGGGAUUACAAACACACUUUCUAGAUUUCAGUCUCGCGCUCAUCUUACAACUGUUUUGGAAGCCACUAAUACAUCAAAUGGCCGUGCUACUGUCUCUUCAACACCUCACCGCAGUCUCAGGCAAAUGAUUUCAGCCAGUACUUUCCUCCCUAAUCGUUUAAUUAGAGGCGAUUCUAUGCGUUCGAAUCGGGCUGUUAGUGGGGUUCCUAUAGACUAG